ACGCAAAUGAUUUGUUCCACUCAGUACACGGCAGACGAUCGAGCUCACCGCAUUUGUCCACACAAUCUUUGCAGAAUAUUAAAAAUUAACGAAACACGUGCGACAAAUACAUACAUACAUAAAUUAAGAUGGCUACUACUAUCGGCGAUUACAAAGUGGGCAAAAUCCUCAUCGAAGGCAAAACCAAACUGGUUUACGAUCUCCCUGAACAUCCCGGCCUAUGUCUAUUGCUGAGCAAAGACCGCAUAACAGCUGGGGAUGGCGUGAAGGCUCACAAUCUGCAAGGCAAAGCGGAGAUAUCGAACACGACAAAUGGUCUAGUUUUCGGCAUACUCAAUGAAGCGGGUAUAAAUACCGCUUAUGUGAAAGCAUGCGCCGCCAAUGCCUUCAUUGCCAAGAAAUGUGAAAUGCUACCAAUCGAGUGGGUAACCAGACGUUUGGCGACUGGUUCGUUUCUAAAGCGAAAUGCCGGUGUGCCGGAGGGAUACAGAUUCUCACCACCAAAACAAGAGACAUUCUUUAAGGAUGAUGCCAACCACGAUCCCCAAUGGUCUGAUGAGCAAAUUAUCUCUGCGAACUUCAGUUUAAAUGGCGUUCUGAUAGGUCAAGACGAGUUGGAUAUAAUGAAGCGCACCACAGUUUUGGUGUUUGAAAUUUUGGAGAAAGCUUGGGCUACCAGAAAUUGUGCACUUAUUGAUAUGAAAAUUGAAUUUGGAAUUGACACGGAAGGAAACAUUGUGCUCGCCGAUAUUAUCGACUCCGAUUCUUGGCGCCUCUGGCCUUCGGGCGAUAAACGCCUGAUGGUAGACAAACAGGUUUACCGUAAUCUCGCCACCGUUACCGAUAGUGAUUUGGACACCGUAAAGCGUAAUUUCAUUUGGGUUAGUGAGCAAUUAAAGAACAUUAUACCAGCUAAAGAUCAUCUAGUGGUCAUUCUAAUGGGUAGCGCUUCCGAUAACGUGCAUUGUGAGAAGAUUGCAACACACCUUAAACAAUUGGGUGUAAAUAGCGAGCUACGUGUCACCUCGGCACACAAAGGACCUGAAGAAACCUUGCGUAUAAUGCGGGAAUACGAGAGUGUCGUCAAUAAUUUGAUUUUCAUUGCUGUGGCAGGCCGUUCAAAUGGACUGGGACCGGUACUAUCGGGCAGCACUACAUAUCCUGUGAUUAAUUGUCCACCUUUGAAACCAGAAAAUCUACAAGUUGAUGUUUGGUCUAGCUUAAAUGUGCCAUCAGGUCUUGGCUGUCCAACAGUUUUGUAUCCCGAGGCUGCUGCACUACAUGCUGCACAGGUUUUGGGUCUUUCGAACUACAUGAUUUGGUCCAAGUUGCGUGUGAAGCAAUUGAAUAACUUUAUCACACUGAAGAAAGCCGAUAAACUAGUGCGUGGAGUGCGCAAUGCAUAGAUCGUAUCGCAGAAGAAUAUUUCCUUAAAACCGAAAUGCAUUUAAAAUCUCUUUAGUAAUGCCAUAUUUUGUUAACAUAAUCUUGGCGAAAUUACCGUAAUUUUUCAUUCCAAAUGUUAAUAUGAUUGUUGUUUAUAAUAAAUUCAAAUGUUUUUAGUUGCGUAAAUAUA